CUGUGCCUAUAGGCUGUCACUGGGAGAACGGUCCUGUUAAUUGCACUGCUCAGUCACGGCAAGCAGAGACAGGAGGAGGUACAGAGUGAGAGAGAGAGAGAGAGAGAGAGAGAGAUAGAGAAAAAAUAAAAUUUAUAUAAGAGGUUUGGGCAAAUGAUGAUCGCAGAUUGCACAUGGAUUCGGUAGAACUUUCACUCCCCGAGUGUUUCUCCCUACACUCUGAACAACAGUAGAAUGAAUUUAUCAAAGGCCCAAGUUAAUAGUGAAGAUAAGUACGCCAAAUGCGGCUCUUGGAGAACACAACAGCAAUACGACAUCGAGGCCAGUCACAUGCGUGAUGCACAUGCUCUAUAUAACCAAAGGCUGCUCUGCAGAAUGUCCAACAAGGACCGCCACAUUGAGUCGAGUUGCCCCUCCUACAUCAAGACGGAACCUUCCAGCCCCGCCUCACUGACGGACAGCGUAAACCACCACAGCCCCGGCGGCUCUUCAGACGCCAGCGGUAGCUACAGCUCCACCAUGAACGGCCAUCAGAACGGUCUGGACUCACCCACUCUGUACGGCCCUACCGGUGCUCUGGGUCCCAACGGUGCCGGAGCGAAACGCUACGAGGACUGCUCCAGCACCAUCACAGAGGACUCACAGAUCAAAUGCGAGUACAUGCUCAACUCCAUGCCCAAGCGCCUGUGUCUGGUGUGCGGGGACAUCGCCUCCGGUUACCACUACGGCGUUGCCUCCUGCGAGGCCUGCAAGGCCUUUUUCAAGAGGACCAUUCAAGGAAACAUCGAGUACAGCUGCCCUGCCACCAAUGAAUGUGAGAUCACCAAACGCAGAAGGAAGUCCUGCCAAGCCUGCCGUUUCAUGAAGUGUCUGACCGUCGGCAUGAUGCGAGAAGGGGUUCGACUGGACCGUGUGCGUGGAGGCAGACAGAAGUAUAAACGCCGGAUAGAUGCAGAGAACAGCCCCUACUUGAACCCUCAGCUGGCUUUGCCACCCAAAAAGCCAUUCCCCUUUGGCUGCCUUGCAGAUAACAAGAUUGUGUCUCACUUGCUGGUGGCAGAGCCUGAGAAGAUCUACGCCAUGCCUGACCCCACCGUGCCCGACAGCGACAUCAAAGCCUUGACCACGCUCUGCGACCUGGCUGACAGGGAACUGGUAGUCAACAUUGGCUGGGCCAAGCAUAUCCCAGGGUUUUCCACACUGUCGCUGGCUGACCAGAUGAGUCUUCUUCAGAGUGCUUGGAUGGAGAUCUUGAUCUUACGUGUAGUCUAUCGCUCGCUGUCUUUUGAGGACAAGUUGGUCUAUGCUGAGGACUACAUCAUGGAUGAGGACCAGUCCAAGCUAGCCGGCCUGCUGGACCUGAACAAUGCCAUUCUGCAGCUGGUGAAGAAAUACAAGAGCAUGAAACUGGAGAAGGAGGAGUUUGUCACUCUUAAAGCUAUAGCCCUGGCUAACUCAGAUUCCAUGCAUUUAGAGGAUGUGGAAGCUGUACAGAAGCUCCAGGAUGUGUUGCACGAGGCCCUGCAGGACUAUGAGGCGGGCCAGCACGCAGAGGACCCGCGCCGGGCCGGCAAGCUGCUCAUGACCUUACCCCUGCUCCGGCAAACGUCCACCAAGGCGGUGCAGCACUUCUACAGCAUCAAACAGGAUGGCAAAGUGCCCAUGCACAAACUGUUUCUGGAGCUGCUGGAGGCCAAGGUCUAACUCCUUCCCCUUGCCGACCCCACGUUGUACUGAGAAAGCUGGAGGGGAACGUCACUGACUCCGCCCCUUCAUCAGGGCAGACACUGACUAACUCUCUGCCACUGUUUGUGAAACCUUUGUCUAUAAACUUGAUCAAAUAAUAACUUAAAACCUAACCAUAAUGGUACUUCUAAUUACUGACAAUGAUACAUAAAUAUAAGAAUGAUUUAAAAUGUGAUUAUUGAGAAAAAUGUGAAAUGAAAACAAAACAAUUACUGCUAUUAUUAUUUAGCAGUGGGACUUUAAACCAGCUUUCAAUUCGUUCUUCUGGAAAAUCUGAUGCUGACAUUUUUUUGUGCUAUUUGAGACAUGAUUUUCAAAAGAGAAAUUCUCUGGAGCCAAGAAAGACCAGCCCUGCCAAAGGAAGAAGGUCCACCCAUUGGACACCAGCAAGCUAAACUUUCCCCGAACUGUACUGUCCAGCUCCCAUGUUGUUGAAGGAAUCUAGGAAUUGUCCCUCAUUACCAUAAGAGCCACAUCAUAAUGACUAUGUGCAGUAUUACAUAAGAAGUCCUCGGAGUAGUUUAACCACACGAUAGCCAAACUGAGAUUUUUAUGUCUUUGAAAAAGCUGCUCCUCACCAUUACUUAGUCAUGUGGAUUGCUCAUGUGUCUCACACUCCCUCAUUGUUUUCUUUCAAGUCUUCCAAACACUUCUAGCCUCUUUUGAUGGUUUCAUUUUUAUAUUUUCAGGGAAUAGCCUAAGCUUUAGUCUUCAUGCAAAAUGAAGCAUAGGCCAACAGCAGUGGUCAAGAAACAGACUAAUUUAUUUAAUGAUUUUAUUUUAAUAUGUUUUAUUUCAGUGUAUUUAUACUUUACUGAAGGCUGUAAAUAUAUGGUAUGGUCAUCUAACACAAUGUUUCCUUAUAUAAUGUUAAUAAUGGAUUGUUAUGUUUUUCUACCAACCACCAUGUUUCGCAAUUACGAAUCAUGAAGAGGAAAACAUGCUAUCUUCUCUAAGCAAUAGAUGUUUUAAAAGUGGAGAUGUCAAUGUAUGCAAUUCUUUUUUCUUUUCUUUUUUCUUAGUGUCACACUUAACUUGGGAAAAAUGAAUUUCCAGAAGCUUUCGCUUUUCUGUCUGUGCUUUUCAUAAGAUGAUAGAUUACAUACAUGCUAUGGCCAGAAAGACCAUAACCAUUAUCUCAAACACAUUAUAUAUGCAUAUAUAUUAACUUUAGCCUCUAAAUUCUAUUGACAUUAUUUCAUACUGAAACAGUAUUUGAACUUUAAGCAAAAUAGCACUUAGCGAACACGUCUCCACAAGUUGACAGAGAGACAUCAUAGGUUUAGUUUCAUGAUGGUCCUAAUUUUACAAGAAUAGUGCCAGAGUUAUCAUAAUGUGAUGUAAUCUUCCUCAAAAUGACAUUUUUAACAGAGAGGCUAAGUAUCAAAGCAAGCAAUCCACAGCUUUCAUCAAAAAUAUGUCAGUAUUAGUGUGGGGUAUUUUAUGAAUAUCCUUAAGCAUUGUAUAUUGUAAAUUAACAGAUUAUAAAUCUAACCUAAGACAUUUUAUUGGAACAGAUCAAAGAAAAAAAAGAAUGAAAAAAAAAAAAAGUAGUUCAGCUUCUUGGUGUUUCAUGUCUGCUGUGUUUUUCUGAAGCAUUUCAUUUUUUUCCCUUUCCUCUGUCACAUGCAAAAAUGUAGUGUUCUACUGUGGUGAUCGCAGGUCUUGCUGUUCAGUAUGCUUUUUGUUUUAUUAUUCAAGACAAUACUGGAUGUAUGAAUCCUCAAGAGACAGGUGCGAUUUGUUCUCAAAUAAAAGGCUCUUUAUAGUUCCUGUUAGAUCAACUGAUCAUGGUUGAUAUAAUCUAUGCUGGUUUUUACUGUAAGCGAAUAACAGAUAUUUAAACGGAGUUACACAUGUAUAAGAGAACAUCUGUGUAACUCUGAUACUAUAGACUAACACUGUACAUUAUAGGUUACGAAUAUUUCCAAAAAGUACAUUUUUCAACCCUUUUUUUCUGAUAUUUUCUCUGUUUUCCUUUUUCUUUAACAAAAUGCUGUACAGAAGGCCUUCCAUCCUCUAUUGGUAUAUAUCUUGACUCAUUAAGGUUGCAAAGGGAAGAAGUGCUUUUUGUUUGUUUUGGUGUAAGAUCAGUUUUAAAAACUAUCACUUUGACUUUGCUUAAUAAAAUUGAAAAAGAAAAAAGAUGAAAGAACAGAUAAUUUUUUAAGGAAAACGGAGAUGAGGGUUUUAGUCGCUUUUCCUCAAUCUUGAUCUAUAAAUACACUGUAUCUAGCAUUACUGUAGCUAUUCUAAACUAAAUAGAUUGUGCUUUGGAAAGGUUAGUGUAAUGUGACUCUAGAUCUUAUCUCUCAUGGCAACUCAUCAGAUGGUCAAAAACAUGGGGUUGGGGGGCGAUCUUGCUCUUGAUAAGAUGGUGGCACUUUACAUUUUUCCCAUGAACAACUCCUGGCAGAAGAGGUGCUGUUUUCUUCUAUGUGAUUUUGUUUUUGUUCUUGUUAAUCUUGUGUUGUCUUAAAUACUGAUCACUUUGGAAAUGAAGUGAUAUGAAACUGGUCUCUGUUCUGCAACUUCAAAUGCGCUUUAUACUUCUUUUCAGUUUUGUAAGGUUUCAAGAAUAUUAUAGCAAGUUGUCCUGGUCUACAUUCGAACUCUAUUUUAAGGCAUUUGUUUUUUUCAAGUUAUAUCAAGUUGGCAAUGCUAGUGCACAAAAUGAUGAACAAAAAUGUACCAUGUCAUUUUGGAGAAAAUGGUACAAAGACCUGUCAAACCAUUUAAAGACAAUUUUACUAUGUCUUUCAAAUCCUUGCUCAUAUAUUCAGCUAAGAAAUCAAAGUGUAAUUUAGCCGUACGGUACACACUGACUUUUUUUAGAGAUAUUUUCUUAUUUAAAGCAAUAUGACGGUACAACACACAACUGUUGUGCGAUGUGAUUUAAUUAGAUCAAAAUGCUGUAACUAUUGGACUAUUUUGCAAACUAUAUCAUAAUAGGAUUAAGAAUGAUCAAGUGUAAAAACAACUGUUAUUUUUCGAUGUUAUAGAGGUUAUAGGUGUUGCUUGUAUUUAUUCAUGCAUCGACGUGUCUGCCAAAUGCAUCUAGGCUUCCUGGCAGGUGAACACAGAAACAGACCACUGAGGGAAAGAAUGAGAUCCAGAUAAAGGAAGGGGAAAGAAUAAAAUAACAUUUGAAAAAGCUUCUAUGAUCAAUAUGAUAUAUUUCAACCCAGGAGUUGCUGAAACAACCUGUAGUGAGAAUCAUGUCUGUAGUUUUUAGAUGUGCUCCACAUCGGUAAAACUAUUAACUGUAUAUUUUUGUGAUGUGCAUCAUUACAGUGUGCUCCAAAAAAUAUGUCCAUUUGUGUAAAUGUAUUUAUUUUACAUUGUAUAUAUUGUUCAAUUCAAAAAGAGAGACCUAUGAUUCUGUAACUACGAUCAGUUCAGAAGUGUAACUCCAAUUAUGCCUUUCAGGAUAAAGUAGAGCAAUAUUAAACAUGC